AUGGCCGACCGGCGUCGCAGGAGCAGUCCUGAUCAAUCUGUCUCCAGCAGAAAACAUGAGCCCCGACGACGAGACUCUCGCCGCAGCACUCACUACGAAGAAAUAGUGCCAGAACCAAUGACCGCACCACCACAACAACAAACGCAACAACCACGGUCUUACGAGCCCGCCGACAUGCGCUCCUCCUCCUACAAAGCCACCGAACAGCAGCGUGAUGAACAAUACCGAGGUCCAGCUUACGCCUCAUCCUACUCUUCUUCGAGUAGCUCGAGCUACAUCGAUAUCUCGCGUACAUUCCCACCGAACCGAUCGGGGAUCCGUACAUUCUUCACAGCGCCAUCCGAGCACAGGCGCAAGUUGCGCAGACGCAGAAGUAGCCGAUUGUUCAAAGUUGGGAACUCAUCUUCGUCGUCUGUAAAUAGUGAUCUGGCGUAUGGAACCGGAUACAUAAAGAGACCUAAGAGUCGAGUGAGGUCGAGAAAGGGCAAAGAGAUUGACCGCGAGAGAUACACUGAGAGGUAUGGCGAACAGAGAUAUGACUCAAGAUAUAGUGAUCGCGAGAGGGAGAGGACCAAUGCGACUACGACUACGAUCAGAAAUGAGGGGAGGGAUUCAAGGAGUGGACUGAGCAAAGCGGCUACGGAUGCUGAAAUACUGGCUCUUGGAGCAGGACUUGCGAAGCUUGCCAAGGAAUCGAAUAAACUGGACUUGAAGAAUUCAAGAAACGGCAAGAAACCGGAACUAGGCGCUCCAAGGGAAACUGGUCAUGGUCUAGCUUCAAGUCGGGGUCUUGGUCCUUCGAAGAUUUCACAUGGCUCAGAUACAUUUGAUGAAGAUGGAUGGGAAUCUGCUUCUGACAAUGAGUCUGAUGCUAGUGUUGAUUCGAGACUGGCCUAUGAUAACAACACUAAGAGCCGUUGGAGCUUCUUCGGCAGAAAGAAGAAGUUCAAGCCAUUGAGUCGAAAGAACACUAUUGUCGACCCUCGUCUCUUUGGACCAGCGAAUUCCUUGAACGGAGUUGUCACGCAACCGGUUGGAUUUGGUGAGGUCUCAUCAUGGACUUCUGUCAGCGAUUUUGGUCAACAUGUUGGCUCUGCUACUCCAAGACCUGCCGACAGCCUCAGCAAUUCUCAGCAAUCACUUCAGCAAGUCUAUCCUGUUCCUACUUCUGAUCCGGACAUCUUUGCAGCUGGGAGAGCUUCUAGAAGCUCUGUGAUGUCAACAGAGCCUCCAGCCUAUGCUUCCAGCAGACCUGGUCCUAUCCCCUUACAGCAACCACAGCCGAUCACCCCCGUCUCUCAAAGUGUCUAUGAACCCAUCUACCCCACUCGGUCGGAAUCCGGUGGCAUCCUGAAGAAGCCAACUGGGUCUUCUCGCACACCCUCUUUAGCCCAAGCAGCAUUAGUUGGCGUUGCUGGUGCCGCUGUUGGCGCAGCUAUUGCUUCGAAUAGAGAUGAUCGUAAGGAUCGUCAACGAGAGGACGAGCUUCGCGACAGAGAGCGACAAAAGCGCCGUGAAAGCGAGAGGGCUGAGACGAUUCGGGAGAGUGAGCGACGUGAGGCCGAGAGGCGCGAGUCCGAAAGACGUGAUCUUGAGCGACGAGAUGCAGAGAGACGUGAAUUGGAGCGCCGCGAGGCUGAACGUCGUGAUUUUGAAAGACGAGAGCUUGAGAGAAAAGAGAGCGAGCGUCGACGAGAUAAGCGAAGCAGUCCGGACCGAGAUGAUCGCAAGGACAAACGUCGAGACAAGGAUCGAAAGGACGAUACCGACCGAGACAAGAAGCGAGAAAAGCGACGAGAUGAAACUCGGGAUGAUCGAGAUGAAAGAUGUGAGAAGCGCCGCGACGAAAGACGCAGUGAGCGUGGAGAUCGCGUUGAAGAACGAGUCGAUGUCCGUCCGGUUGAGGAACGUCGUUCUGAGCAUCCCGAGCUUGUUGACCGUCGUACCAAGAGCGAAGCUGCUGUUUCUACGACUUCUGUUGAUCCAUUCCAGUAUCAAGUUAGGGAGAGUGCGUUCCCAACUCCAACUACCGAGAUCCCAGCAGGUCAGCGCACCCCGACUGUAGUGACUGUUGAGAGAGAGCCCGAUUUUAGUCGCAUGCAAAGCUACUCAAUUAAAGAUCCCAGCUCAGGCUCCAAUGCUCGUGUCGAAGUCGAAUACUCGGACGAAGACGAGCGAGAUAGGCGGUCCAGGGGUAGACAAUCACGAGACGCUCCAUUACACGAGGCUGAAGAUAUCUACGAAGAGACCAAGCAUUUCACAGCUCCCAUUGCUGUUGCUGCAAUUGGUGCCGCUGUAGCUGCCGAUCAUCACCGUGAAUCAAGGUCUGACAAACGAAGAGAUGAACGACGAAGCGGAUCGAGAGGCGACUAUGACACCUAUGAUUACAAGCCUAGUGACAAGGAGCAAGAUCGCGAUAGAGAAGCCGAACGUAUCCAAGAGGAAGCCGACAGGGCUUAUCGUGAAAUUGUCAUGGCUCGAAAGAUCGCAUCACAAGUCAUUCGCUCAAGAAGCCCUUCACCUGAUCCCUCGGUGGUUGAAAAGUACAACACUAAGGAAGAAGAGGAAAUCGUUCGCAUUGUCACACCUCCUGGCAUGGAAGAGCACAAGAAGAAAGGUCCUUACGACGCUCCUAAUGCUGACUUUCAACUUGACCAUGUUAUUGAGCCGAAGGAGAUGCAUAUUUUUAAGGCUCCAAGUGUACGCUAUGGACGUGCUGCUCCGGAACCUGUCUUUGUGAAGCGAGAUCCUGAUGCUGAAAGACCUCGUCCGCUCCUCAACCUUGUCUACCCAACUCCUACUCCAUCACCCAUACCCGAGAAGCAAAAGGAACGCGAACCCACAAGUUCACCAAAGUCUAAAGAUCGUGAACAGCCAAAGGUCAAUACCUCUGAUGUUGUGAUUGGCUCCAGAGGAAAUGUUGUCGCAUCACCAACAACUUCUACAGUAUCUAAAGCUGUCACUUGGGGCGAGAACGAGACCAAACACUACGAAGUCGAGAGCCCAUCCGAGCACAGAGAUGAAUUUGUCUCAGCUGCUGACCUUCCAUCUCGUGAAGUGCCCCAGGAGAUCAAGUCCUCUGGUAGCAAAUCGAAAGGAUGGGGAGCUAUCGCGGCUGGCAUCAUGGGUGCAGGAAUUGGUGCUGCAGCUGCAAGUUCAAGCGACUCUCCAAAGUCGUCCAAGUCUAAGAAAGAUGAUGACAAGAAGAGCGAGUCUUCAUACGAAUAUCGCGGAGUUGUCGUUGAACCAGAAAGCCCUCCACGAAGAAAGAGCCCACCUCGAAGAGAGAGGGAUCAGAGUCCACCUUCUCCAGGUCCGAAGCCAGCUAGUCCUCGCUCUUCGCAUGUUCCCGGUGCAUUCGAUGAUGAUCUAGAUUUCACCGCAACAGUGGCCGCUGGUCUCCAAGACACCGGAUUUGACCCAAAUAUCGUGAUCAAUGAUCCGUCAUUCCGCAGACGCGAUUCUCCACCUGGCUCCAAUGGGCCUAAUCUCUAUCAUGCUCCUUUCGCCGAGACUGUUUCGGAUCUUGGUACUAUUCCGCCAUCAGCAGUCGGAAGCGUUGGGUCUGGCUUCAUUCUUGGUGAAGUUGCUAGCACUCCUAGAGACUGGCAAAGUGUCUCUCCCGCUGCUGAGGAGUUCGAAACGCCUACCAAGCUAAGCAAGAAAGAGCAGAAGAAGCGUGAUAAACAGCGAAGACAGAGCGGCGACAUCACACCUCUCGAAGAAUCAUCCUCUGCAAGAGAAGUAGUCGAAGAGCCUAUCAAUGACUACUUUGUGGAACCCAAGCUCAGCAAGAAGGAGCAGAAAAAGCGAGACAAGGAAGCUGCACGACAAGCAGCUCUUGCUGAAGAACAGACUACACCAUCCGUCGCAGAGGAGAAGAUCGAACCACCUGAAGCCUUCUUCGAGGCCCCGAAAAAAUCCAAGAAAUCGAAAAGAUCUUCGUCAUCCCCUGAUGAAGUAGCUGAGUCUUCACGGACUGUCUCUGUUCCAGUUGACGCAUUUGACGAUCUGAAGGAUGACGAUGAUGAUUGGACCGAUACCAGGAAGAGAAAGAAGUCUACUCGACAGUCUGCACCAGAUGUCCAGUCUUCACGAGAUGUACGGUCUAUCACGUCUGUACGAGAUGAUUCUCCUAAACGUCCUAAACGGCGUGACUAUGACCAAUAUGUGUCUCCACCUCGAUCAUUCCCAGCCCCUGGAGCAGCUUCUGAAAUUGGUGGAAUCCCACGCUCAAAGCGUGACAGUGAACGAUAUGAGUCUCCUCCACGUUCAAGAGACGCCAUCUCUGACGUUGGCCAAUCAUCAAGCACGAAGGACAAGUCGAGACGUGAUAGUGGGCGAUAUGAUUCUCCACCACGGUCACGCGACGCUGUUUCUGAUAUUGGUCGGUCAUCGAGCUCGAAAGAUAAGUCGAAGCGUCGAAGUGAGCAAUAUGAGCGUGACCCCGAAGAAAUCUCUCUUCCACCUAGCACACCCUCGGAAGUUAGCCGAGACGGAGACUACGAUGACCGAAAGUCAAGGAAAUCUUCGAACAGAGAUAGUGGAAUAUUCAGCAGUACAGACCGUGAUUUAUCGCAAUCAGUAGUUUCAGCAGAUGCUUCACGAUACGAUGAUACAGAACCACGAAGAAAGAAGAAGUCAAGAAGUGGCAGAGAUGAUUACGACGAUACGAGAUCAGUGGCGUCUGCUCCUGCUGGCGAUGACUAUGACGACUCGAGAAAAUCAAGCAAGAAGAAAGACAAGGAAAAGGACAAGAAGAGCAGUAGCAUCUUCUCCAGUCUGUUCGGUUCGAAGUCAGAGUCUGGUGCUCGGGAUGAUAGUCCUAAGGGUGCCAAAGACGAUGAAGAUCGAAAGAAGAGCAAGAAGUCCAAGCGGCACUCUGUUCCUGAUUCGUCGAGCAUCUAUAGUGGUCUCGGUGCUGAAUCUGUUGGCGACGUGUCAAGAUCCGUGUCCAAUGGCAGCAAUGGCAAACACCAUCUCGAUGAUGAUCUCGAUGACGGUGUACGAAGCGAUGGCGAGAAGAGACGAAAGAGUCGAUCACGGUCUGGAAGCACAACUUCAACCAAGAAGGAUUCUUUUUUAGAUAAUGCCGGCAUCCUUGGCGCGGGUGUCGGCAUUGCGGGUGCUGCUGCUGUUGCAAUUGCUGCUCAUCAGCACCCGCAAUCAAAUGCCGCUAAUACUAAUAAUGAAACAGCGGAGCAAAUUCGUUCCAUGAGUGCAGAGAGGCCUAUGGCGAGAGAAGAAAUCCUCGACCCCGAGAUCGCAGAACGCCAAUUCCGACCUUCAAUAGAUCCCCAAUAUGGCGAUCUACUUCCAUUGCCGCCAAGUGACCCGACGUCGCCAAACGUCGAGCCAGUUGAAGAACUCCCAGAAUUGCCUGAGAGUCGCCCUGAUACUCCGGAUGCUGAGCGCAUGUCGAGAGAGAAAGGCAUUAAUGCCAUUCGAAGAAACUUGCAGGAGACGCCGAUCAAGUCUCCAAGCCAGAGUGCUGUGCCGUUGAUCUUCAAGAUGGGCAAUAGAUCAACACCAUCCUCACCAGGUCUCAUCAGAUCCUCGCCUGGCCAUUCACCCGCAACCCCAAACGCAGAAUCUCUCGGUUUUCCAAAAACCAGACCCUCUCGACCGACGUCUUGGGACAAAUCUACAGAAUACAAACCACUGUGGCUCCCCGAGACGGUGGCUCGAAGAGGCUCUACAUCCCAGCUUCAGGAUUCCGAUGAUUCUUAUCCAGAAUUACCCCCAAGUGAAACAACAUCGAGAAGUUCCUCCCUUCUUGAUUUCCACGAUGCCAUAGAGAACCCAGAGGCUGAGCAAAGAAGUCGCUCAGAAUCUCUUACUCUUGAUACGAAAUUUGCUUCCACGACGGCAGGUGAACUUUUGGACUCUACACAGACUACACCAAAAGCUCCGAACUUUUCGCAUGAGAUUAGUGGUCUAGAAAGCCCUAUCGAAGUAUUUAAAGAUGCAAGUUCCUUUCACGACGAUGCCAGAGCUCCCGAGCGUCCAUCGACACCUGUUCGCGAGAAAGAUUCUCAUUCGAUUGGAAAGGAUGUAGCUGCAGUUGCUGCCGCCGCUGGGCUUGUCUCAACGCUUGGGUACUUUGCUUCGACACCCAGUAGAAGUCUAGUAAAGUCAGACUGGAUGGAGGAUCUUCCUUCUGCCAAACGCGAGGUAUCUCCCACUCGAGAGGCACAGCCGAGCGAACGUCAAAUACUUGAAGACGAGCUGCCCACAAUCUCCGAUCAGUCGUCGCAAAUCGAUCCCAUGACCAAGGAUCGUAGCUCCUACCUACUUCGGUCAUCGCCUAUGCCACGAAAGAAUGAUGACGAGACAGAAGCGUUGCACAGCAUUCAAGAACACGAGAGCAAUGAUGCUUCUGAGCCAAUUGCAGAGUCAACUUACGACGUUGAGAAAGAGAGACAGCGAGCAUUGGAGAAAUUGUCCAGUCCCCGCGAAGAAGUUGAAGAUCCAUUCAAGACAGAAGAGCCCACAGAUGAAUUUGUCUUCAAAUCCAAGAAGGAUAAAAAGAAGGAUAAGAAGAAAGGCAAGGGCCUAUCACGUUCAUCUACCCAAGAUGACCUUCCUCUAGCUGAGAGUAGCCGAGCUGUCGUUCCGGAGCCUGAGAUUGAUGCUCCCAGCAAUACACCCGUUGAGCAAGAACCUUUUGAGGAAUUCGUCACCACGAAGUCGAAGAAAGACAAGAAGAAGGGCAAGGGUCUUUCGAGGUCUUCGACCCAAGAUGAUCUGACGACUUUCGAGGCAAGCGAAGAUGUCAUUCCCAAAUCUGAAACGCCUGUUCUUGAGGUUGAACCAACUGAGGAAUUCUUCACGACGAAAUCCAAGAAAGACAAGAAGAAGGAUAAGAAGAAGAAUAAAUCAACCUCACCUUGGGAACCGGAAGAGACUGGAAGUGGCACCACAACACCAGCACCAGAGACGAGUGAAAAUGUGCUCGAAGAAAUUCCCACCUCCCGUGAUAUCCAGGAACCUGAUAUCCAAAAGCCGACCAAUGAUAAGGGAAUCACCUCUGAAUCAACGCCUGCCCCAGAGCUAAGCAGAGACAUAGCUGACGACUUCUCUACACCACGGUCCAAGAAAGAGAAGAAAAAGGACAAGAAGAAGGGCAAAUCAACAUCAGCUUGGGAGUCCGAACAGACCGAAAGCGGCAUCACAACUCCAGCAGUCGAGCAGAGCGAAGAUGUGCUCGAAGAGCCGCCAAUUCCUAGGGAUUCUCAGGAGCCCGAGAUCCAGAAACCGGUCCAUGAGCCAGAAAGCACCUUGGCACUUACUGAACCUGGACCGUCCGAGGAGACUACGUUCACCACCGCGGACGAAUUUUCGGUCCCAAAAUCCAAGAAGGAUAAGAAAAAGGAUAGAAAAAACAAAUCAUUUUCGGCUUGGGAGCCAGAAUCCUUCGAAGAGGUACCCGAGGAGCCUCUGCCUGAGACUAGCACCUUGGCGACCCGUGAACUUUUCGUUGCUCGUGAUAUUGAGGAAGAACCCAUUCGAUCCAUCGCCGAAGAGCCAUAUAUUGAGCCCCCUUCAGUCCAGGACAAGAGUCAAGAACCAAGUGACGACUUCUCGACACCAAAAUCCAAGAAGCACAAGAAAAAGGACAAGAAGAAGAAAUCCGCCUUGAUUUGGGAGCCCGAGGCUAGUGACAGUGGGCUUGCAGAAACAUUACCUGAGCCAAGCACGCCCGCUCUUGAAGAAGCAACGCCUAUCACCCGUGAUUUCCAGGAAGCUUACUUCGAUCAACCUGUCGUUGAGCCACAGCCCUCUGCUGAAGAAUCAUCUUCCAAGCCGAGCGAUGACGUUCCUCCCCCUGCAUCGAACAAGGAUAAGAAGAAGCGCAAAUCACUCUUGAGCUGGGCCUGGGGCGCUGAUUCGAGUGAACCUACUCAGGAACCUGUCCAAGAACCUAUUGAGGAAUCGAAUCACAAUGCGUCUGAAAGCAUCGCGGCAACCCAAGAGCAAAGUAAAGAUCUUCAACAGCCCCAAGAGCCAAUGCCAGAAAUCUCCGCCCCGAAAAACAUCAUGGAGCGUGAAGACACAUCAUCUCAAGAUACUCCUAUCUUGCACGACGUGAUUCCUACAACUCAUGAACCAGAGCCUAUACACGAGCCAAGCCCCGCUCCUAUUGAUCUUCCAUCGACCAGAGACAUUGAAGAUACUUCAGAGUUGCUAUUGCCAACAACAGAACCUGAGAUGAUUAGUGAAGACUCAUUACCUGUCACUGAGGAGCCGGAGUCUUGGUCGGCCCCUCAAUCCAAGAAAGACAAAAAGAUGUCAAAGAAGAACAAAUCGGUCCUGACUUGGCCUGAGGAUGAGGAGGAAAGCAAGCUCGCUGAAGAAUCGACUCCUGAGACCAGCAAGGCUGUCCCUGACGCUGAGCACGAUUUUGUCGGCAAGGAUGAGAUGUCGAAUCCCAUUCCUGAAACUGUUUCCGUACCUCAAUCAACCUCACACAAUGAAAAUAUCUCCCACACCCCAGAGCACGUACUGAACACCAAUAUCGUGGACGAAGAGCCUAUCCCGACGCCCAUCGAGCGAUCGUUUGAAGAGCCUACUCAAGCUACCCAAAAAUCUGACAUCAUCCCUGCUAUUCAACUACCAAGUGAGCACGGCGAGCAACCUCCUUUGGAGAGCUCAACCCCUAGAGAUAUCGAACAGGCAGAUGACUUCGCGCCAAAGUCCAAGAAAGAUAGGAAAAAGGACAAGAAGAAAGGCAAGUCUACUCUAGCUUGGGAAGCCGAAGAAAAUCAAAGUGGUUCUCAAACACCUUCUGCAUCAUUGGAAGCCAGCCGAGAUGUCUCUGAACAGGCCUCUGCAGUUGAAGACGGCGAUCAAUUUGAUAGUUUCUCCACUUCAAAAUCCAAGAAAGAUAAGAAGAAGGAUAAGAAGAAGGGAAAGACUAUUGUUUUGUGGGACGAGCCUGAGCCUGAACCUAAGCAGCCGGCUGCGUCUGGCAAUCUUGAAAGCACUCGAGAGAUGACUGAGGAGCCAACAAUUUCUACGCCAGUCGUUGAAGCCGAGGAUGAGUUUGCUUCCUUCACAUCCAAGAAGGAUGAGAAGAAAAACAAAAAGAACAAAUCAUCGUCUUCGUGGGAUCCUAAACCAGAAUCACAGCUUCAAGAGCCGAUUGCUUCAGACACUCCAAUUGAUGAGACUAGAGAGAUAAGCAAGGAAAUCGCUGCCCCUGCUCCGGAGGCGGACGACGACUUCCCUGCUUUUGUCUCGAACAAGGAUAAAAGGAAAGGCAACAAGGGCAAGUCUUCUUCAUCUUGGGAUCCCGAACCAGAGCCACAGGUCCAAAGGCCAAUUCCAUCAGAGGCAUUCGUUGAAGAGAACAGAGAGAUCGUCGAAGAGUCAAAUCCAGUCGUUCCAGAGCCAGAGCCAGAAGACGAUUUUUCUGCCAUCGUCUCGAAGAAGGACAAGAAGAGGGACAAAAAGAAGGGCAAAGCUUCUUCGUCAUGGGAAGCCGAGUCUGAACCUCAGUUAGAUAAGCCAAUUGUUUCAGAAACAUCUUCACAAACAGAUCAAGAAGUUCAGGAGCCAACUGCGCCUACUGGAGAGCCUGAAGAAGAGCACAUUUCUGGAAAGGACCAGGAAGCCAAGGCCUUGACCACCGCCGAGCUUGAUGAGCCAAGAACAUUGGAACCUGUAGAACAACAAGCUUUAGCAUCUGCUCGAGAAGUUCCCGAAACUUCAUCUAUCCCCAUCGAUAACUCCAUUGAUAGCUUCUCAGCGUCCAAGUCUAAGAAGGACAAGAAAAAGGACAAAAAGAAGAGCAAGUCGUUCUUGGCAUGGGAUGCAGAUACGACCGAACAGGAACCAGAAUCGUCGCAGACAAUUCUGCCUGAAUCAGGGCGAAGCUUUACCGAAGAGCCAUCAUCGAUAUCUUUUGGUGCUAUUGUUCCGCAAGACGAUAUCUCCUCCAAGGAUCCCGAAGAAGUGGUAUUGUCGAAGUCCGACACGAAGGAGCCUCAAACAAGUAACCAUCCUGUCCAGGAAUCACUCCCUGACGCUUUUGACGCAUCUUUACCUAAAUAUAGUGAUAUUAAGGAACAGCAAGAUCCAACUAUUGUCCAACAACCUCACCAUGAUUUCUCAGGAACAAAUCAAGGAUUCAGCGAUACACGCUCGUUUCAAGAGACACCUGCCAAUGUUCCAGAAAACCUAGAAAUCCGUGAUCGUUCACUGCCGGUAGAUCAGGAUGCUAACGCACGCGAUAUUCCAAUAGAAACAGAAACAGAAACUCCUCUGCAUCGACAGGACAUAACCAUCCCGGAGGCUUCAUCCCGUGAGAUCCAACAUGAUGUGCAGAACGUCGAAUCGGAGCCUGCCAUUCCUGAUGAAUUUGCCAUGCGUGAGACGAAGAAGAGCAAGAAAAAGAAGAACAAGUCUAUCCCUUGGGAUCCAGAUGAGUCCGCUCCAGUCGAGGAAACUUCUCUUGAUACUCAAGCAGAUGCCAGGGAAAUUGCACAGGAGGAGUCAGUUCAGGACGAAUUCGUUCUCAAGAGCAGCAAGAAAGACAAGAAGAAGAAGAAGGGCAAGUCAACAAGUGCUUGGGAACCUGAACCGGAACAUCCUGUUGUUGAAGAACCUGAGACUACCAUCGCUGCCCCAGAAACCGUUCCAGAUCAAAUACGGGAUGCUCCUGUUGAUGACGAAUCUGCCUUUACUGAGAGCAAGAGAGGAAAGAAAAAGAAGGGCAAAUCUAUGAGCACUUGGGAGCCCCAACCAGAAUCCACAUCCACACCAAUUGAAGCCAUGUCCGUGCAGCCGAUUGAGUCAUUCGAGGAAUUUACAACACCGUCUUCCAAAAAGGGAAAGAAGAAGUCAAAGAAGUCUCAAGCUUGGGGUAUGGAUGACGAACUACCUACAGAUGAUGUGGCACAGGAACAAUCGAAAGCUGUGGAGCAAGACGCAGGUCUACCCGUCCCAGAAAUCCCGUCUGCGAAACCGACCCCUAUGGGUGGACCUGGUGCUUGGCCAAUCACUCCUGCCACCCCUAUGACUGGCGGUGAGGCAGCAAGCGGUCAAGUACCAAGUGACAAGCACAAAGACUAUUUCCCCUCUACCUCUGCAAUGCUACCAGCGGCUGCAGUGGGAGCUGCUCUUCUUGGUGCAGAAGCGAUUCAUGAUCGAUCCGUGUCCGAAAAAGACGUGUCUGCUGAGCCUUCCAGCUCAAAGUCAAUGGAUCGUGAGGAAGCCCAGAUUCCAGGAUCGGAAACAAAGCCUGCCCCUAAUGGCUUAACUGCUAGAUAUGACAAUGACCAGCUCAGCCUCGCAAGACAACUUCAAGAGGAGUUCGGUUCCGGUAGCAAAAAGUCCAAGAAGGAUAAGAGCAAACGCAAGAGUUUACCAGCCACACCUGCUCGCCAAAUUUCAAGAUCAAGAGCCGUCGAUGAUCUAAGCGAAGACCAUCAUCGUGCGAGAAGUCUUUCGAUCGAGCCAUCACCUGCAAGAUCUGGCGUCAGCGCAGGCACUGGGGAACGACCAGUUCUCUAUAGCGAGGAGCAACUUGAAUUAGCUCGUCAAUUGAAGGAAGAAUUCGGCUCAGGGUCCAAGAAAUCCAAAAAGGACAAGAAGAAAAAGCGAAAUUUUUCUGAGGAACCAACACAAGAGGAUGAUUUCACGCGGGAAUUCAUUCAAGAGCCACAGUCUAUGACACCUGGUGCUACGGAAGAUACUGCUCAGCUUGAGACCAUGGAUGCACCACGUGGUGAUGGAUUUGCUGCCGGCUACCAGGAAGAUCAACUUUCUCUUGCUCGUCAACUGCAAGCAGAGUUCGGAAAGAAAUCCAAGAAAGACAAGAAGCGCCGCAGCACGUCUCAGACUCCUCUGGAACAAGAUACACCUGCCGAUGACUAUUUUGGUGAACGUUCACAACCUCAAUACUCAGAGCCUCUCCAAUAUGAACCACCUCCAGAUGCCCCGGAACCUGUCGUCCAGGAGAAAGAGCCUACACGUGACGGUCUAGCAGUAGGCUACAGCGAGGAUCAACUUGAGCUUGCACGUCAACUGAAGGAAGAAUUUGGUUCUGGCUCCAAGAAGAAAGGGAAGAAGGACAAGAAGCGCCAAAGCUUGCUUCGUGGCAAUACUGAAGACGACUUCUCAUCUGAUGCGUUUAUGGGAGAGUCGGAGCAACAGAGUGGUCUUGCCACGCCUUUAGAUGAAGGCACUCGUGAACCAUCAUUCGAGCCUGAGGAUGCCUUCGCAACUGUUUCGAAGAAAUCCAAGAAAGACAAAAAGGGCAAGAAGCGGGAGUCCAGUCUUCUACGUGACGCUGUCGAUGACAACUUUACAGCCGAACCAACGCCUGAAAUCACCUCCGAGUCAAAGAAUAUUGAACCAUCGAACUUCGAUCCCAUCGUCAGGGGCCUUGAUGAACCUGCUAUUGUUGAACCCGAGGACGAGUUUGCACCCGUAAAGAAGUCAAAGAAAGACAGGAAAGGCAAGAAACGCGAAAGUCUCGUUCCGGGAGAAGAUUUCCAGCCAGAAAUAUCAUUCCAAGACAUCCCAGCACAAGAUGAUGCUCCGCAACCGCAAAUUGCUGCAAAGGACAUCGAACAGUCUGCGCCGAUUGAACCUGAGGAUGACUUUGCACCAGUCAAGAAGAGCAAGAAAGAUAAAAAGGGCAAGAAGCGUGGUAGUCUCAAGCCUGACACCACCGAAGAAGCGGUCGUUCCCGACACUCUUUCCGAGAGUGUUGACAAAGAACAAGAGCCAAUGCUCUCAGUGACGGACGAAAGAGUUACCAAUCUAGAAACCCAAGGUCAAGAGCCAUCAACUCUACCAGCUGAAGACGACUUUGGCUUCCCUACCACAAAGAAGUCAAAGAAGGACAAGAAAAAUCGCAAGAGCACAGCUAGAAUUGAUGAGUCGUUCAAUCAACCAGAACCUGAGAUCAGUACUGCCUCCCAAUUCCCCGAAGUUGAUGAACCUUCCACUGCGGAUAUCACAAGUGCCAAUUCUGGGCCAGACGUUGUAGCUGAAUCAGCUGAAUUCGAACUUGGGCGCAAGCUGUCAAAGAAAGAGAAGAAACGCCAAAGUUUGCUUCGAAGUUCUACGUUCGAUGAGCCUUCAGAACCUUUGACAGAAAGCAGAGAUGUUCAGCCAGAGAUGGAAAGUCGAGAUCUUGCUGAGACGACUGUAGCUGCUCCACUCGAAGAGCCACAAGAUGAUGGAUUCGAAUUCUUGUCGAAGAAGUCCAAGAAAGAUAAGGAAAAGCAGAAGAUCUCACGACAAGCUUCACUGGCGGCAGAUCUUCCUGUUGAAGAGAUUGCAUCCUCCUCCACGCAGCCAGAAGUUAUCAAUGAUCAAAUACUAGAUCGUUCGAUCGAGCAUUCGUCAAUGACAGAGCCUUCUACUCAAAUGACCACUUUGGAAUCGAUGGAAGCACGCGACGUCGAGAUGAGCCAUUUACCGGCAGAAGCUGAGGAAACCCCGAAAGACAUGUUCGGAGAUUACACCUUCACAAAGCAAUCCAAGAAAGACAAAAAAAAGCGCAAGGAUGCAUCAAAACAAGACUCUGAUGAAGCUUCCAGGUUCUCAACACCCAUGGAUCCGGGCACCGACUUGAAGACUAUCGAUGAAUCGUCUUUACCUUCAGAAGAGAUUUCUAAGAAGUCCGUACCUGAACAAGAUCCUGCACUUGAGGGUGUCCCAUCAACCACCGAUCGAGAAGUCAUUGACGAGCCCGUCGAUGAUUGGGCCAGUUUCCCAACCAAGAAGUCCAAGAAAAACAAAAAGAGGAAGGGGUCUUCAAAACCUGGUUCUGAGGGACCGUCCGGCACCACUACACCUUUUGAGACUAUCCCAGAGUCGAUUGAAACUGUGAAGAGCGAACUACCAUCACAAGACUUCCAAGAAUCUGUGCAAGCUGAAAAUUAUGAGGACUUGCCAUCAUCAUCGAUGGAUGCCCAGCAGCCUGAUGAUGAGUGGGAUUCUGUGCCAAGCAAGAAAUCGAAGAAAGACAAGAAGAAGCGUAAAUCCGGCUUGUCUACACCAAUCGAAGAAACAAUGCUGGAAUCGGAGCAACGGCUUGAAGAAAUCACUGCGCCAUCUGUAUCCAGAGAGAUCAACCAGGAGGAGGUCUUGUCCAAAGAGGAGCCAUUCCCUCAAGAUCUAGAACGCCCUGAGCCCGUUACUCAUGAACAUCACGCCGUCAAUAUUCCCGCAGAAAUCAUCCCUCAUCAUGCAGAGCCGUCUGAGGUACCAUUCAACCAAGAAAGUUCUGUUCCCAUCGAGACCAGGGACGUUGUCUCUGAGCCGGAAGCUGAAUGGGCCGCUAUACCCAAAAAGUCAAAGAAAGACAAGAAGAAGCGCAAGUCUGGUAUUUCAACGCCUGUUGAGGAGUCAAUGCCUUCCGGCUUUAGCGAGGAGUUAGCAGAACAUAGCCACUUCAUUGCGCCAGAGGUGACGGCAGGGACGAAAGAAACCAACUUUGAUCGUGAUGCAGCAAUACAUCCCGAGCCAAGCACUGCUGAAGCGGAAGGAGAAUGGGGCUCAUUGUCAAGAAAAUCAUCGAAGAAGGACAAGAAAAAGAAGAAAUCUGGUCUUUCGACUCCAGUUGAGGAACUCAUGCCAGCUGUUGUGAAGGAAGAAGCUAUAGGUGGACCUAGUCAACACAUUGCAGCUCAAGAGAAUACACCAGAGAUUAACACCUCGACCUCAGAACGUGUUAUUCAUGGUCAGGAUGCCACAGUACUUCCUGAGUCCACUUUCGUCGAACCAGAAGGAGAAUGGGGUAUGCUGUCAAGAAAAGCUUCGAAGAAAGACAAAAAGAAACGCAAAUCAGGUCUUUCAACGCCAAUCGAGGAGCCCAUGAUCGCUGAACCUUCAAUGCCAACUACGGCAGAUCUCGAAAAGGACCUUCCCGAAAUCACUUCCAGAGGCCCCGAAUUUGCAGAUGCUCCAUCUGGCGAGUCCACUUCUCAGAGUCAUGCUUUCGUAGAUGAUACACUACCUAUCAGCCAAGAAAGAGAGCCAUCGUCCACUGUUCAGAAUACUCAAAACCAAGAGCCUACAGACGAGUUUGCAUUCAUCACCAAGAGAUCAAAGAAAGAUAAGGGCAAGAAAGCAUCAUGCGGCGAGUCAGAAAUUGAACCAGGCUCUUUCGUUCCCUCCGGCACUUCUGGCCCAAUCAAUCUCUUCCCCCAAAACGACUCAAGGGAGAUUGCUUUAGAGGUACCUGAACGUCAGACUUCUAGCCCUGUAUCCUUCGAAAAGGGAGACACUACCAGAGAGCCAUCUCCUCCAGAACCCUCUCCGGAUUCCAAUGACUUUGACACACAUCAUGCCGAGGCGGCAGAUGUAUUUCCGAGCGACUUGUCAAGAAAACCGUCGAAGAAAGAUAAGAGGAAGCGUCAGGCAACAGUUAUUGUAGGCGUCGACGAUGGCCAAAGCACUGCAAAGGCACCUUUGACCUCUUGGGCAGAUGAAGUCGAAGAGGCUGAAGUCAUACGAGAUCACCCAAUUAUCGAAGAUCUCGCAAAAGACGAGACCUUGUCUCACAUUCCUAGCACAACCGAAUCGGCACCUGUUGACGACUUCGUCCGGCCAUCAAAGAAAGGCAAGAAGGGAAAGAAGAGAAGCUCUAGCCAAGUAAAUCCUGCAGAUAUUCCCCACCCGCCCAUAGGAGCAGAUAUUCCUAAGGAUGAAUCUUCAGACAAGUCCAGCAAUGUUGCUACACUUGCCGCUCUUGCAGCUGGUGCAGGUCUUGCAGGAGCGACGCUGUUUGCCCAUGUCAAAGAUUCACCUGAGGAGACAAAUACAUCAGAAUCUUCAACACCGGUCAGAAAGCUAUCAAAGAAGGAGAAGAGGAAGCAGAGCAUUGACAAGAGAACACCGAAAGAUGAUAUGUUUGAUGAUCCUGCAUUGUGGGAAGGUGAGAAGCCAAGAGCGUAUGAGGGUCGUGAUGAUGAAGAUGACGGGUUUUGGACGCCUCCUCGUGAGGAAGAACAAUCUCGAGAUACCAAAGACGUUGGGUUUGAAGAGGUGCGACCUGUAGAUGAGAGUUCUGCCAGAGAAAGCAAAGUCGACGUGGCUUCGCAUGCGACUCCACAACAGUUGUUUCCUUCAUUCGCUCCAGAUGCGUUUAGCAAGUUGGACGAGAUGGACCCUAUGGAUGAAGAUACAGAACGCGAGCCUGAGAUUCAUCCCACCAUAUCUACCACUCGUGAAAGUAUAGACACAGAGUCGCAACCAAAGGACUCGUUCUAUGAGUUUGUUCCACCAAGGCCAGGAGAAAGCACUUCGGGUAUUACAAGUAGUCUCGAAUCAAACGCAUUCCAAGAUGCUCCGCAUCAAAAUACUACUGCAGAAUCUUUCGGGCAGUCAUACCGUCAUGAACCACCCAGAAGCAUUGUAACGACUCCACCUGAAGAGACAGAUAUCUCCUUCGAGAGAGCACCGCCAAUCAGCCAAGAACACAUCUCUACUCCGCACAGAGAUUAUGUGGAAUCUCACGAUACCGACAGGUCCUUCCACGACUCACCUAUUGAGUAUCGCCAAUCCACACCUCUGAGUAGUCGCAAGUAUGCACGUCUCUCUGACCUGCCAGUUGUUCACGAAGAAACUCAAGAGUCGGAACAACAUCCUAGUGGACAAUAUCACGAUGUAACCACAUCACACCGGGAUAGUGCAUACGAAUCUCCAAUUCCUCCACAGAAGGGGUUCUCAGACCUCCAUGAACAUGUUCGUGACAGUGGAGUCCACCUUCGCGACUUCUCACCCGCAGACAAGGUUCGAGCACCUGUGUCUUCCACUGAUGAUGCUCUCGCCAGAUUAUCGUGGCCUCCAGUCGAUGAAGAGAGCGAAACUGUAGACUUACAUAAGUCGCAACGCCUAAAAGUAACAUCGAAGAAGCACUACGAAGAUGGCAAGCGAUCGGUUGAGGUUCACGAUUCACCACGGCCCAGAGGCGACAAAGCUACGGAUUUCUACCGUUCUCAACGCAUCUCAGAAGAAAAGCCUAUUCUACAUCACGAUGAUGGACACUUGAGCAGAGACACUCUACCAUCUCAACAAGUCAAGGACGAAGCCCAUGCCGAACUACACAGAACGCCUACAAUUCAUGGACAUGGAACUCGCAGAUCAAGCCAAGGCAGUCUUGUGCAACAACGCCUGCAGAAGUUCGAGUCUCCAGAUACAGUUCGGUCAACACCUCCAAGGGCUGGCAACAUCGUAAAGCAACGAGUACAAGGUUUCGAAACUCCUGAUUCUCAACGGGUUCAGAAACUUGGCCCAGAAACACCAGAUCUACCUCCGCCUCACAAGCCCGCUUUCGAGACUCCUGGAUCACAACGCUCUGACAGAUCUCAGUCAUCAGAUCAUGAUUCACCAGAGUACCAACGAUCUCAAAGGCCCAAAGAAGACAAAUAUGCGGGACUCACUUCCACUGAGAGACCUAAGGCUGAGAAGCCCCAAGGAUUCAAUAAUCUGGAAACUGGAGCUGCACUCGCAGGUGCCGCGGCUCUUGGGUUUGCUGCCGCGCGAAAAUUAAGUCAAGAACAACGUCCUGGCAGUGCGCAAAGUAUCAGAUCAACUUCCGGUGGUGUGAGCAGAUUGCGCACACCAGAUUUGCAUCGACCAGACAGCGUGAACAGUAACCGCUCAGGCACGCCUCCGCUCCGCCGUAGCGAUCGUAAAGUUGCGGAUCUGAGGUCUCUCAGCCAACGGAGCAAGCCCGAUCUCGCUAAGGAAGCUGAGCUUGCAGCCAACACCGACUCAACAGUGAGCACCGCAAACCCAACUGCAAACGAGGGCCGGGUUCGGGCAAAGGACAUGGCAGAUGUCUAUGAUGGCUUUGGUGAAGGCCGCAUGGGCUCACCACGGUCGCCGACUCGACCCCACAGCAUGCGCCGGCGACAGAGCAUGCAAGUUCUCGAGCUCGAAAACAGAGUCGAACAAUUAGCGGCGGAUAAUCGCAGGCUUGCAGAGUUCAAAGCUGAAGCUGAACGAAACUUCAACGCGACUCAAUCUGCAACUUUGGUCGAUAAGGACACUGAAAUCGAUGCCCUCAAACGAACACUCGACUGGUUACAACACGAAGUCACAAGGCUCACUGAGGUGAAUGAGGGACUUUCCAGCGCGAAUGCUGAGAUUGCGCGACAACAUUCUGAUAGAUAUGGCAUGCUCGAAACACAACACGCUCAGGCUACUCGAGAGCUUCAAGAAACAAGGGAUGCGCACACAAACCUAUCAUCUGGUGUGGAGGGCAUGGUGAGGAGUGAGGUACAGAAAGUGGUGCUUGACAAGGACCAGGAGAUAGCUGAAUUGCGGGCUGAGUUGAAUGCGGCGAAGGAAAAGAUUCGGGAAAUGCAAAGACAGAUUUUAGCAUCGAAAGCCAACGACAUCGAGUUUCUGACUGUCAGAGACGAAGACUACUUCGACAAUGCUUGUCAACAGCUCUGCCAACAUGUCCAACAAUGGGUACUGCGCUUCUCAAAGUUCUCCGAUAUGAGAGCUUGCAGACUCACGAGGGAGAUCAACAAUGACAAGAUCAUUGAUCGACUCGACAAUGCCAUAUUAGAUGGCUCCGAUGUGGACAUAUACCUGGCUGACAGAGUCAAGAGAAGAGACAUCUUCAUGUCGAUGACAAUGACAAUGGUAUGGGAAUUCGUGUUCACAAGAUACCUCUUCGGAAUGGACCGAGAGCAGCGACAAAAGCUCAAAUCACUUGAGAAGACACUUUCAGAGGUUGGACCAGCAGCUGCAGUCCAUUCAUGGCGAGCAACAACACUCACUCUUCUCUCAAAGCGUGAAGCAUUCCAACAGCAGCGCGAACAAGAUACAAAGGCUGUUGUGCACGCAAUCUUGGAAACAUUAUCCGAGAUCUUACCACCACCAAGCAAUCUCGAGUCACAGAUCGAGGAGCAAUUAACAAGAGUCAUGAAAGCAGCAGUCGACCUUUCAAUCGAGAUGCGCUGUCAACGAGCAGAAUACAUGAUGCUCCCACCUCUUCAACCAGAAUACGACGCCAACGGUGACCUCGCAAGCAAAGUCUCUUUCAACGCAGCUCUCAUGAACGAGCGUAGCGGAGACACAGUCUCGAACGAGGAUCUCGAGACCCAAAAAGCCGUGGUGCGAAUCGUGCUCUUCCCACUCGUCGUCAAGAAAGGAGACGACAGUGGGGAAGGUGAUGAGGAAAUCGUCGUUUGUCCGGCUCAAGUCCUUGUUGCGAAGAGCAAGAAGGCGAGGUUCACGGAUACAGCGCAGAGCAAUCACUCGCGGAUGAGCAUGCAGAGCAGUAUGCCAGUUGAUGCUGGGGAUGAGAACGUGAUUUAG